CCAGAUUGGUCCCUGAAGUAAUUUUGCCCCUGUCGUUUCUUGUAGAGAUGAAUGCGCCUCGACAUUCUAUUGCGUGCAGCAUUAACCUUUGUGAAGUGGGUUUGUAAAGAUGUAACUGAAAUUUGUAAUUGAUAUUUAUUUAGUAUAAAUAAUUAUGCUAUUAGGAGUGACAAAUUAUAUGAAUAAAUUAUAGGUAGCGGUGAAAAACGAAUAUGAAACAAAUAUACACUUACAUGUGUCUCCCAUAUGUGUGGUAGUACGGGAUCGCUUAGUUGUAAUUAUAGCACGUCGUCGCUGUCGCGCAACCCUAACAAAGUUGGAGGUAAGUUUUUCCAGCUCAGCCUGCAUUGCCUCUAACUCUGCACGCGAAUAAGAACCACUCUUCCAAUGAUGUUACAAUAAGGUAAGAAUAAUAAUACGAUCACUAUAAAGAAUACGAACUUACCUGCUUCAUAUACCCUGGGGUCCUUUAGGGCGGGGGGAGCAGUUUCAGGUGGUAAGAAAAUGGCACGACCCUUCCCUGCAAGAGAUAAGUAGCACAAUUAGCGGGUGGAUUUCACAUAUACGGAUCAAGGUUUGGGAAACGCUGCAGUAGAGGGAUUUCACAUGUACACUGGCUUUCUCAAAAACCCACAAAUGUGUUUCUUGGCAUGGUCAUAUGCCUGUUGGCAUCUCAUCACAGUCGCCUCACCCAGCCAGAAGUACAUGCUCUAUCUACUCCUGUGUUUAGUUUAUUACUCUUUUUUCAUAUCUAUAAUCACUGCUUGGUUUAUCACUUGGGUUCCUCUGUUCCCCUAACUAUUGCGACAUGUUGAAACAUAUAAAGUUUCCCAUAGAUUGAAAGGAAUCAAAGAUUGUUGUCCUGUAGAUAGUCGUGGAAGAUGUAAAAUUAACAAUCAUGCAAGGCCUUUUACUUUGUGAUCGAACUCGGCUAGUUACGUAGAAGGAGAAAUCUUACACGGUACAUUGCUUUGAUCCAAGUAAUCUUCAAUAUGCGAAGAAGAUGACUCCCCGAUGCUGGAAGCUACGUCAAGCAUAGUCUAUAUAUUGAACCAGAUGUAGAGAGAAGGUGGGUAGGAGGGGGAUUUUCAAUCAGGAGAGUUACAGUGUCGGAGAGUGACGGGGGAGAAAGCAAAGAAGGAGGAGCACUGCCGGUGUGAGUGACUGGGGAUGUAAUCCGGAGAGAAGGUUAGUCCGCUAUUUCCAAUUGGUUGGUGGCACUUGUCGCUAGGUAUAACAGAUUCCGGAGAGGGAUGUGCAAAACGUCAAGGAUGCGUUUCGCCGCAGCCGGUGUGAGUGACUGGUGAUGAUAUGUUGGCGAGCAGGUUCGUCCCCUAGUUCCAAUUGGUUGUCGGCGCUGGCCUCUAGAGAACGGAUCCGGAGAGUGACGGGAGAACGCCAAGGAGGAGCUGCACCGCCGGUGCGAGUGACUGGGGAUGCAAGCCGGCGAGCAGGUCGUCGCUAGGUCGAGUGGAGGUUGGUUGUCGGCGUUGGCCGCUAGAGAACGGAUCCGGAGAGUGAUGGGAGAACGCCAAGAAGGAGCUGCACCGCCGGUGUGAGUGACUGGGGAUGCAAGCCGACGAGCAGGUCGUCGCUAGGUCGAGUGGAGGUUCGCGUCGAUUAGUGUUGUGUUUUGUGAUUUGGAAGAUGAACAAUUAUUCAUUAUUUUUUUAUUAUUUUUUUAUUGGGUUGUAUAAUUACAUAAUUGGGUCUCCGAUAAUUGCUCUCUGGCCUGGAAAUUUAAAAUCCUGAAUAACUGCUUCUAAGUCCACUAUUAUAUAUUUGUAGAUGUUGCUGCAUAGUUGAAUGAGGUUAGAGUUAAACCUCGAGUGAACUGUUGUCUAAGAGGUAUGAACGGUUAAACAUAACCAUGGUUAAACCAUAAUUUUUGUACUAAAUACCACCCAUUUUUGUGGUACAAUCUACUGUACGGUUAUCCACUCCUUACUACGGGUAGAAAGCCUUGAAUGCAUGGAUUAAAGGGGAAAGAUCCACGUAUUUAGCGGAAAAGGAAAAGCCGGAACAAUUAUCCACCACGAAAGAAAGUUUGUUUUAAAUAGGGUUUAGGGUUUAUUAGGACUAUAAAUAAAAAAGGGUUGUCCUUGUAUUCCUAUCGCCGUCGAGUCUGUUUUCACAAGGCAGCAGAUAGAUAUUGGUCCAAUGGCGGCAGACACUCCUCCCAUCAGCAAACUAGGAGACGAUCUCCUCGAAGAAAUUCUUGUUCGCAGCUUCCCGAAUCCCAGAUCCGCCUGCCGAAGCAAACCAGUAUGCAAGCGAUGGAACUCCCUCAUCUCCCACACUGGCUUCAACCGCAGUUUCGUUUCUCACCACAGGAGCAUAAGCGAAGGCCUGCAGCCACCUCUACUCCUCUACAAGGACGAUCCCCUGCCUUCGCUCCUAAGCUUCCUCCUCGUACCCGACGAAUUGCGAUCCAAUUUCGUCGUUUGGGAUUCCUUCAAGGACUUGCUUCCGUGGGGUUUUCAGAAUUCGGUGUGGGACUACAAUCACGAAAGGGCCCGAUCGCUCUUGAUCUGCAAUCCGUUUACGAAGCAAUGGGUCGCCCUUCCUCUGGAGCCCGAAACGCCAGGGUACCCCGACUAUCGAUUUCGCGUUCUGGUUCGAUACGAAGGGGAUCCGGUGUAUGAAUGGGGUUCGGAGCUAAAAGUGUUUUGUUCCGAGUCCGGAGAAUGGUCGAGCAAAGUAGUGAAUUAUCGUCUUCCAUCCGACGCGACAUCUUGGGACGGGAAAUUGUAUUGGAUCAAAUACGGCAGCGAAAUUGAGAGGUUUGAUGCUUUCCACCCAAAUAAAAAACCGAUCACCAUACGUAAUAUGGAAUUCGUUGGCAGGCAACAUCUGUUUUCCCAGUUAUCGGGCUCACGGGGUGCUCUUUAUAUAGUUGAACACCAUCGACCCGACUAUGGUGAGGCCGAUGACGACGAUGUUUUCGUGGUUUGGAGGUGGGAAGGAGGCCGCAAGACAUGGAUUCUGUGCUAUCAAGUGUCGUUGGAGAAGCUAAAGCGCAACGGCGGCGGGCCCGAAGUUGAGGAGCUGGAAAUUGUUUCUGUGCUCGCUCAACAUUCGGAGCAGCCGGAGAUUUUGUUCCUGGAAUGUUACUGCAAACCCGCGAAUUUCAAAGAGACGGAAAUUCUGUUCUAUUGUUGGGGAGAGCCGUUUUUCAAAGACAUCAAAGAGACUCUUGUGUUUACGUGCAAUUUAAGGACGGAGAAAUUGGAGCUCGUUGCUGAUCAGAGACAAUGCACUUUUCUUUGUUGCUGGUUGGUGUUGCAGCCUUGGACCACUUGUUUUUCUACAUCGAUUCCCAGCUAUGAGAAAUUGCUCGGCAUGUAUAAUGAAAGUUGCUCUGAUUUGAUUCAGAGUAGACAAUCAACUUAGGAGUGAUUUAGAGAGUUUAGAUUUAUAAAAUUUAUGUAUUCUGCAGAAAGUUGUAUUUUUUGCUGAUUUUUUUAUACAUACUCAUAAGAACAAAUCUAUCCCAACAUGCAUCUUAUGAUAAAUUAUCCGACCUACCAUGGAAUGAGUAUGGGUAUCGACAUAUCCGCUCCGACCUGCCCAUUAUCAUUCCUAUUUCAAUUUACAAAGUUUCCUGUGCUAUUAAACUAAACCAAUUUAAUUGUGAAAGUGGUAACAAGAUGAUACAUGAUAAAAUAAUUUAAAUUCCGGCUUUGUCUCUUCCUAUGCUCUGUACUGCUCCAUUUCACACUUGACGAUGAGAAAUAAUGGAACCAAAUUUCA